UUGCCAUUUGUGCGCUGCAUUUAUCUCCGUCCCUGCAUGCAAAGCUUCGCCCCGCUGGCUUCGCUCCUCUUGCGUUCAACUCGCUCUCGCCAAAACCGGCAGUCUCGCCACCGCCGCUGCAGUGAACUGUGUGAUUUACGGCUGUGGCUCCCUUGAUUUUGCCGUUAACAGCCGCAAUCUUCUCUGCGAAUCACCCGCUCUGACCGCCACGCACGCCGCCUGAGAUGAAGGCCAAGGGUCUUCACCUCUUCACUUUUGAAAAUAAAAGGGAUGCAUAUGGAUUUGUGGUGCGACCUCAGCACUUGCAGACAUACCGAGAGUAUGCAAAUAUCUACAAGGAGGAGGAGGAAGAAAGAUCAAAUCGUUGGAAGGAAUUCCUUGAGAGUCAGGGAGUUACGGACAAUGCACCUGCUGCUGAGGAAAGUGAGAUUGCGUCACCUGUUGCUGCAGCAACUAGGUUGGGUGAUGAUCAAGGUUAUAUUGGACAUAGAAAAAGUGUCGGCCCUGAAGAAGGUGAUGAGCAAAUGGAGCAAAUGGAACAGAAGGAGAUGAUGCAUAAAUCCCCGACUUGGUCUCAGAUAAGGCCUUCUCUUACUUUGAUCGAGCAGUGGAUGAGCGCUCGUGUAAAGAAGAAGACAUUCUUGUUGAUUGACAAGGGAGAUGCAGAGAGAAGCGCAAAUGGAAUCGUUCAUAUUCAAGAGGCAAAGCCUUUGGAGGAUUCUGAGGACGAGUUUUAUGAUGUAGAGAGAUCAGAAAUGAACCAGGAGGUGUCUUCUGGUUAUGGAAGUGGCACUGAUUCAGCCGUCAACAUGACUAAUCAGGGAACGCAACCAGAGUCUCCAGUCCCUUGGAAGGAAGAGCUGGAGUUUCUUGUCAGUGGUGGUUUGCCAAUGGCCCUUAGAGGAGAGAUAUGGCAAGCAUUCACAGGUAUAGGAAGGCGCAGGGAGGAAGGGUAUUACCAAAAUUUGCUGGCUCUAGAAACCAAAAAUGUUGAGAGCAACGAAGUUGAUGGUUUUUCUUCAAAUGAUGUCAGUGAUGUCCCAAAGAAACCUAAUGUGAGUCAAUCAGAGAAAUGGAGGAGACAGAUUGAGAAAGACUUGCCAAGGACAUUUCCAGGACAUCCUGCUUUGGAUGAGGAUGGAAGGAAUGCUUUGAAGCGGCUACUCAUAGCUUAUGCUCGUCAUAAUCCAUCUGUUGGUUACUGCCAGGCUAUGAAUUUCUUUGCUGGUUUGCUAUUAUUGCUAAUGCCCGAGGAGAAUGCAUUUUGGACAUUAAUAACCAUUAUUGAUGAUUAUUUUGAUGGUUACUUUUCUGAAGAAAUGAUUGAAUCUCAGGUGGAUCUGCUUGUAUUGGAGGAGCUAGUUCGUGAGAGAUUUCCGAAGUUAUUCAAUCAUCUCGAUUAUCUUGGGGUGGAGGUGCCAUGGAUUGCUGGACCCUGGUUCCUUUCAAUAUUUGUCAAUAUGCUUCCUUGGGAAAGCGUUCUUCGUAUUUGGGAUGUUCUUCUCUUUCAAGGAAACCGUGUGAUGUUAUUCCGUACUGCUCUUGCUUUGAUGGAGUUAUAUGGCCCUGCAUUGGUCACGACAAAAGAUGCUGGAGAUGCUGUUACCUUAUUGCAGUCACUUGCUGGCUCAACUUUUGAUAGCAGCCAGCUUGUUUUGACAGCUUGCAUGGGUUAUCAAGUUAUAAAUGAAGCAAGACUGCUUGAGUUGAGAAAGAAGCAUAGGCCAUCUGUCAUGGCUGUCAUAGAAGAGAGAAGAAAGGGGCUUCACACCUGGAGGGACUCCCAGGGUCUUGCGUCCAAGUUGUAUGGUUUCAUAUGUGAUCCAAGAUUCCAAAAAACCAACUCCGCAGAGGUAGUAAAUGGUCCACAUGAAGGUGAUGGCGACCACAUGGAGUCCGUGGAUGAAAUCUUUGGAAGUUUGACAAUUAGUCAUGAGAUUGAUUCUGAACCUGAUCUUAAAAAACAUGUAACUUGGUUGAAGGCUGAGUUGUGCAGAUUGCUGGAGGAUAGGAGAUCAGCUAUCCUCAGGGCUGACGAAUUGGAGAUAGCAUUGAUGGAGAUGGUUAAGCAAGAUAACAGACGCCUCUUGAGUGCUAGGGUUGAGCAGCUUGAGCAGGAAGUGUCAGAGUUACGGCAAGCUCUUAAAGAUAAACAGGAGCAAGAACAGGCCAUGCUUCAGGUCUUGAUACGGGUUGAACAAGAGCAGAAAGUAACAGAAGAUGCUCGCAUGUUUGCUGAGCAAGAUGCUGCUGCUCAAAAAUAUGCUUCCCACAUGCUCCAGGAAAAAUAUGAAGAAGCCAUGACUAUGAUUGCACAAAUGGAGAAGAGGGCUGUAAUGGCUGAAACAAUGUUGGCGGCUACCUUGCAGGGCCAGUCCAGCCAAACAAAAGCGCAAGGACCUUCAUCUCCUUCUCCAAGGGCAUCGUUGGACAACUCGAAUGCAACAUCCAAUCAGGACACACAGCAGGAAUCUCCAUCCAGAAAAAUCAGCCUGCUUUCUAGACCAUUUGGUCUUGGCUGGCGUGAUUGAAACAAGGAAAAACCAAACAACCUACAGGAAACUAGUAAAAGCAAGAUCUAUUCCGAUGGAGCUCAAACUACUUCGCCUGCAAAAGGUAUGAAUGGUACUCAUGGGCAAAACAUCUCUCCAACCAGUUUGUGCUCUUCAGCCUCUGCUGUUUAGUUCUCAUGCUUGCUUGUCAACUGAACAAGCAACCUACUAUUGGAAACGGUGUCUCCACGUCCGAGUUUAUUUUUAUAUACUUGAUUGCGUUACAAAUCGUCUGUAAUGGAAUUCUUUCUGCUGUAAUUUAUCUCUAAAGCACUGUAAUCAACUCGGUCAUUUGUUCCACAUAUAAUAAUGAUGCCCUGAAGGGUAGGUUGCUUCUCUCAACCCUUUUUCUAUGUAUCCUCCCACCUUUCAAUUGUCAUUAUUAUUAUUAUUAUUUUUUUAAUCUGAACAUUGCAAGAGC